CGUGUCAGCUGCAUUCCCAUCCCAUCUAUGCUUUCCCUUGUGACGCUAUCGGAUCACCGUACCUCUCUCCAUGCUCUUUGCUACCUGGCCUACUGGAACAAUGGUGAGAAUUUUCUCUUCGUUCAUCCGGCUGCCGUCUGUAAGCUAGCUCCGCCACAGCAAAGGAAACGGAAGGAAGAUGUUCUACUCUCACCAGCUUCUAGCUCGGAAAGCUCCCCUCGGCCAGAUUUGGAUGGCGGCGACUCUGCACGCCAAGAUGAAUCGGAAGAAGCUCAACAUGAUCAACAUAAUCAGCAUCUGUGAGGAGAUUCUGAAUCCUGCAGCUCCAAUGGCGCUUCGGCUCUCCGGAAUUCUAAUGGGUGGAGUGGUGAUUGUUUAUGAACGGAAAGUGAAGCUGCUAUACGGUGAGGAAAGGACGUCACCCGUUUGCUGGUAUCCGAAUCGAACUCUGAAUCCGUUCCGCUUGCGUUACUGUUUUUUUCCUGGCUUCCCUUACCGUGAGCUGAAUAUUUCCUGUGAUUCCGCCGGAAACGCUGUUAAGGUUGAAAUCAACGAGGCAUGGAAAGUGAAACCAGCGACGGACCGUACCCUUCUUCCGAAACGGAAGUUACAGGCCAAGAAAGAAGCUGUAACUCUGCCGGAGGUUCAGGACGAGGAACUCCCUGAUAUCGAGCAGUCUAUGAACUUCUCGAGCUCAAACGCCACAACGCUUCCUUUCCAGCAGACGUCUUACUUCGCAGUGCAACUAGACACCUUGGAUGAAACUUACAUUAACAAUGACACUGUGGAAGACGAUGUAACUGGCAAUAAGCAUCAAGCUGAUCCGGACAACAUAAAAUUAUUCGAACGCUUUGAUUCGUGUCAAGUAAACACAGAUAUGUAUGAUCGAUUUGAAAGAUUUGAUAUUGACGGAGAAGGGGACACGCAGAUGAUCGUGACUUCAGGAGAUCUUCCAACAGAUAUCCAUACAACUGUUAUACCCUCACCACCUCGUCAAGAUGAAGAUCUAGGAGGAAUUCCUUUCACGGAUAAAGAAAUCCCUGACCAGCAACCUGAAAGCCUUGUCAAUCAACCAUCUGAAGAACACAAUGAAGGCAGACAGAUGCUAGCAAAUAGAAGGAAAAGAAGGAGACAAGCUGCAAAUUGGAUGGACAUGGAAAAAACAGUCAUACCCUGUGAGCUAUACCAGACAUGGCUUCAGAAUGCUUCUGACAUCACCUCAAGGAAUGACAAAAAGAGGAAGGAGGUGAACAAAAGUAUUAUGUCGAGGAUGAAGGUGGCUAGUCUGAUGGAGCUGCCACCUAUGGUACUCGUUGAUGAUUUAUCAAUCAAUGCAAACAAAGAUAUCUACUAUCCAGCUCCUCUACUCGUGCUGUGGACAAAAAGCACUCAGCCUCCGCAUGACUCUCCAUCUGCAAGGGCAACCUCACAUCAACCUCCUGAAGCUUCAAAUUCAUCCCCACAAGAUGCAGCAGCUCAAUUUGAAGAUUUAUAUAACUUUGAUGAUUAUCAGAGUGGAGCUGGGUCUCAGUCAAUUGGUAUCCCCUUCGAGAAGCAAGUGGCCCCUGUCGUUGGCAGCAGGAAUGUCUUGAUAGGGAACUUGGAAGCCGAGCUUUUUGGUGAUGAGUUUGAAGCCAACCUUGAUAAUAACAACAUCAGAAUGGGAAGGAACAAAGAACCAGCUGUUGUCACCACAACUCCUGGAAAUCCUGGGAAGGAAGCAAGAUCUGUAUCCAGUUCAGGUUCUGGACAUAGUGUUCUGCGACGUCGAUCUGAGAUCAACUCUGGACACCAACGUAGUGGAAGCAGCCUUCGUUCCAUUCCCGAGGACACAUCAUGGCUUCCAGAUCCAGAUAUCCCGACGGUGCACCAGAAGGACCCAGCCCUUGAUCAAGAAGUGCUAUUGGAAACUGGACCUACACAGACUCAACAACCCUUCGCCACCUCCCAGCCAGUUGACGCCUUGACUGAAGCCAUCCGAAUGCACCUGAAGACUCAUUUUGAAGGUCCAGAAGCUCCAGAGUACGAAUCACUGAACAAUCUUGCCACUGGAAUGAACCGUAAACCAGCAGCUCUCUUGUUCUAUCAAACCUGUGUUCUUGCGACACGCGGCUGCAUAGCAGUAGAUCAGAAGGUGCCUUAUGGCGAUAUUCUCAUCUCUAAUCGAUCAAAGAUAUGAUAAGAUCAUCAAGCACAUUAAAGAUUAUCAUUAUUUGUUGGGAGAACGUGGGCAGGUAAAAAGGAAGGAAGGACACACACUUACUCAUCAACUAUAGAUUUUGAUGGAUCACCAUUCACCAGCAGUCCCUUUGGUACGUUAUUAGAUAGAUUGAGGACGUUAAUUGCUCAAUUAACUGGCUAUAGCUACUACCUAGCUACCCUUGUUUUGGGAUAUAAUGAUUACAAUUACGUGGAUUGUUGAUUGAUAUAUGAAUUAUACAGAUUAUCUAUCUUUUCCAAAACAAUUCUUUUACUGUUGUUGGUUUGGACUUUGGACCAACAAACUACUCUUGUCAUUACUC